AUGGGUGUCUGUAACUGUAAAUUCUCCAAGGUCAAGCAUGCCCGAGUUUUGCUUCUGGGACUGGAUUUCUCAGGGAAGUCAACAAUCCUUUACAAACUAAAGCAGGCCAAGGACUUCACAACCCUCCCAACCAUUGGCUUCAACGUGGAAAUGAUAAAGAUGGAGAAAAACAUCCAUCUCACAGUCUGGGAUGUCGGAGGGCAGCUCCAUAUGAGGAGCUUUUGGGACCAGUACUGUGAGAACACGGAUGUGCUGGUGUAUGUGGUGGACAGCACCGACCAGAGGCACCUGGAGGACUCCCGAAGAGAAUUCAAGCUUCUCCUGAAGAAUGAGCACAUCAGGUGUGUUCCGGUCCUGUUGCUGGCCAACAAACAAGAUCUGCCCGGAGCCUGCACAGCCGAGGAUAUCACCAGGAAAUUCAAGAUGAAGAAAAACUGUGGUGACAGGGACUGGUACGUCCAGCCUUGCUGUGCCAUUUCGGGGGACGGCCUGGCCGAAGGCUUCUGCAAAGUGACAGAGUUCAUCAAAAGCUACAGGAAAUCCGCAGAAGCUACCUUGGCCUUCUUCAGGCAAAAUCAAAACUACACAGGGAUCUCCAGGUGUGACCUAGAGGAAGAUCCACCAACAGACAAGUACAAGGAGAUGUAG